AUGACUAGAGAUAAUGAAAUCAAGGGUGUGCAAACCUAUGGGUAUCUUGACAGGUAUCUGAGAUCAUUCAUAACCUCUGCAGAGAAAUACUUCAUGGUAGGCCAGAAAGUCAUCCGUUACAUCUUGGUGGAUGACUUCUCCAAGCUUCCUUGGAGAGAGCUGGGGGCCCUGUGGACAUUCAAAGUGUUUGAGUUGAACAGAGAAAGCAGGUGGUAAGACAUCAGUACGAUGCGUAUGAAGACCAUUGGGGAACACAUCAUAGACUGUAUCCUUCAAGUGGACUUCCUCAUCUGCAUGGAUUUCGACAAGAUCUUCAAGAGCCACUUUGGGGUGGAGACCCUGGAUGAGUCUGUAGCUCAGCUCUAGGUUUGGUACUAUACUGCCGAGUAGGACUCCUUCACAGACGAGCCACAACUCCAGUCGGAGGCCUACAUUCCUUUUGACCAGGGAGAUUUAUACUGUCAUGUGGCCAUUUUCGGCAGUCGUCCUCUGAGGGUUCUGAAUCUCAGACAGUAGUGCUCUAAGGGGAUCCAGAGGGACAAAGAAAAUGACAUUGAGCCAGAAUGGCAUGAUGAAAGCCUCUUAAACAAGUAUUUCUUCCUCUACAAACCCACUAAGAUCUUAUCACCAGAAUACUACUGGGAGUUCCAUAUAAGAUGUUCUGAAGAUAUUAAACUCGUCAAGAUAACUUGAAAGGCAAAAUAAGAUGAUUUGGUUAGAGAUAAUUCCUGA